UCCUCGCUUUCUGCUCAGCCACCACACUGCCGAGAAAACAAUUCAGGUAUGGGGAAGCUAGGCUGGACUCUGGCUCUUCUGUUGGCCGUACUGGUGGGGUACGUCUGGUAUGAACCCGCUUUUGAUCCAGAAUCCCUGAGGGGAGCUCGAGUGGUGGUGACCGGCUGCAGUACCGGUAUCGGCGAACAGAUGGCGUACCACUACGCCAGGCUAGGCGCCAGAGUACUCAUCACUGCCAGGAGGGAGGGACGACUGAAGGAGGUAGUAGCUAAGAUGAAGGACCUGGGAGCCCAGGAGGCCAUCUAUGUAGCAGGAGACAUGGGGAAAGCAGAGGACUGUGAGAGAACCAUCCAAACUGCCAAGGAAAAAUUUGGAGGUCUGGACUACCUAGUCCUAAACCAUGUAGGCACCAGCUAUAAGGGCAAGAAGGCUUUCCUAUGGGACGGUGACAUGGAGUUCCUCCACGACCAUGUGGUGAUCAACUACUACAGCUACAUCCGGCUGGCAUCACUGGCUCUGCCGCUCUUACACAGGACCAACGGCAGCCUGGUGGUCGUUGGGUCAAUCGCAGGAAAGAUCGGGAAUCCCUUCACCAGUUUCUACGCGGCCACCAAGUUUGGUCUGGACGGGUUUUUCGCCUCCUUGCGGCAGGAGUUGGUAAUGCAGGACAUUAACGUGUCCGUGACGUACUGUGUCAUUGGCUUCAUCGACACAGAACCAGCCCAGUACUUCCAAGAGACCUUUCAGAUGAGUAAGGACUACAAACCGUCUCCUCCCUCCGACUGUGCCAUGGCUAUCAUCAAGGGGGGCGCCACCCGGCAACGAGAAAUCUACUACCCCUGGAGGGACGCGUGGUUCGCCACCAAACUCAGACCUCUAGUACCUGGGCUCAUGGACUAUGCAGCAAGAAGUGUGUUUCCGCCAUUGAAAGACAGAUCUCCACUUUUUACUGAGGAUUAAAGCAAUGAUGUUUUAUUGAUGUAUUAUCGAUGAAGGUUUAACAACCAGGUAAUGACAUACACAAGAAAAGUUACUCAAGCAACUGGAUAGAUUUUGAAAACUGUCAGACAUUUCAAGUAGAAUUCAUGGACUAUGCAGCGAGGAGCGUUUUUCCACCACUGAAAGAUAGAUCCCC